AUGGCUAAAUUCAACCUUUUUGCUUCAUCGUCCGCCCUUGCGCGCGUCCAGCAGCUCCCCCAUCGCGCUUCCUCCCGUUACUCACACCUGCGUAACCUGCAGAGCUUCUAUUCUUCCUUCUCUAAGCCUAUUUCCAUGCAAUCUGUUACCCGCAAUACUGCAUCUACCUGUCACAGCAUGGCGACCAAGCAAUUGAGACCGUACACCACUGGCUCUACUUCUACCCCCCCUCGACAUCUACUUUCCAUUGCAGACCUGACGCCGGCAGAGUUCGCAACUCUCGUCCGAAAUGCCUCUUCACAUAAACAGGCAAUAAAGGCAAACGCCAUGCCUGAGAGCUUAAUGGGCGCACUGUUUGGAAAAACCGUGGCCAUGUUGUUUAGCAAACGCAGCACACGAACCAGAGUGUCUACAGAGGGCGCAGUGGUCAAGAUGGGAGGCCACCCUAUGUUCCUUGGCAAAGAUGACAUUCAAUUGGGUGUCAAUGAGUCAUUGUACGAUACUUCUGUUGUGAUAUCCUCAAUGGUAUCCUGUAUUGUUGCCCGUGUGGGACCUCACUCCGAUAUCGCCAAUCUAGCUAAGCACUCAAGUGUACCGGUGAUCAACGCCCUGUGUGACACAUUCCACCCGAUGCAAGCAAUUGCCGAUUUUGUUACCAUCCAUGAAACCUUUGCCACGCAAUCAACUACACAUGAGACGCACCCAUCAAGUCUGGGCUUGGAGGGUUUGAAAAUCGCUUGGGUUGGCGAUGCGAACAAUGUUCUGUUCGAUAUGGCUAUUGCUGCUACUAAGAUGGGUGUAGAUGUUGCUGUAGCCACGCCCAAGGGGUAUGAGAUGCCGCCAUCUAUCCUGGAAAUGAUCCAACAAGCUCGAGAAGGAGUGCAGUCACCAGGAAAGCUCACGCAGACCAACGUACCCGAAGAAGCCGUCAAGGAUGCCGAUGUCAUUGUGACUGACACCUGGGUGUCAAUGGGACAGGAGAGCGAGCAGAUCAAGCGACUUGAGGCUUUCAAAGGCUUUCAAGUGACGUCGGAUCUCGCCAAGCGAGGAGGAGCAAAGGAGCAUUGGAAGUUCAUGCAUUGCCUACCUCGACACGCAGAGGAAGUGAGUGACGAAGUGUUCUACGGUGACCGGUCCUUGGUCUUCCCAGAAGCCGAAAACCGAUUAUGGGCAGCAAUUUCUGCUCUGGAAGGGUUUGUUGUCCGCAAGGGAAAUAUUGUUUGA